UUGGAGCUGAACCGAAGGAGCGUCUCAGCCUUUACAGCGGAGUCAGUGAAUCACCUCAUCAGCCCGGGCAGAGCGGCAGUCACUCUGCAGAGAGGACACCCAGCUGCUCGGACAGAGACAAUUUUACGCAUUGGGGGGAAUCUUCUUGAAAACAUACAUGUUGGCAUCUUAAAAAACAAGAAGGACCCAGCAGUUUAAUUCCCCUAAAUUCACCUGGAAUAUUCUGGUUGAUUGUUAGUGACAAAUUCUGAAAUUAUCAGUUCAAAGCCGGAGCAGAGCUCCUGAGCAGAAUGAAGGGAUUUAAACCUUUCUUCAACAUGAUUCUUGUUGCGCUACUUGUCGCCACCGUUUCAGCGACCAAGUUAAAUGUACCGCGACUGAAACUGCCAUACAAAGACCUGCUGUCCACCAACAGGUCGUCUAUCUUCAGCGGUCAUCAUGGCCAGCUCUCUCUUACUGCUGUCUUCCUCGAUGAGUACCGUGACCGCCUCUUCCUGGGAGGUAAAGAUGUCUUGUAUUCUCUCCUGCUGGGACCUGCCAGCAGUGAGUCCAAAGAGAUCUAUUGGCCUCCAUUACCCGGCACAAGAGAGGAAUGCAUUCAAACUGGGAAGGAACCACAGACGGAGUGUGCCAACUUUGUUCGCCUCCUGCAGCCCUACAACCGCACCCACCUUCUUGCCUGUGGCACCGGUGCCUUCCAGCCCAUGUGUGCCUUCAUUAACGUGGGGCACAGAGGAGAGCAUGUCUUCACGAUGGACCCUACAAAUGUGGAGAAUGGGCGAGGGAAGGUUCCACAUGACCCCAGCCUCCCCUUUGCUAGCACCUUCAGUGCUAUAGGUGGAGAGCUGUAUACGGGACUGACGGCAGAUUUCCUGGGUAGAGACUCCGUAAUCUUCCGAAGUAUGGGAGGACGCUCCACCAUGAGGACAGAGACUGACCAAAAACUGCUCCAUGACCCUAAGUUCAUCGCUGCCCAUCUCAUCCCAGACAAUGAUGACAGAGACAAUGAUAAAGUGUACUUCUUCUUCACUGAGAAGGCCACAGAGGCCGGUGACAGGGAGGGGGCCAUACAUACACGUGUCGGACGAGUGUGUGCGAAUGAUGUUGGAGGCCAGAGAGUGCUUGUGAACAAAUGGAGUACCUUCAUCAAAGCUAGACUGGUCUGCUCUGUACCAGGACCUCAUGGCAUCGACACACACUUCAACCAACUGGAGGAUGUGUUCCUGCUGAGGACCAAGGAUGAGAGGAACCCUGAUGUUUAUGCGAUCUUCAGCACCAUCAGUAAUGUGUUCCAGGGUUUUGCUGUGUGUGUUUACCGUAUGGCUGACAUCAGAGAAGCCUUCAACGGACCAUUUGCUCAUAAAGAGGGACCCGACUACCAAUGGGGGGCCUAUGAAGGCAGGGUUCCUUAUCCAAGACCAGGCGUGUGCCCUAGUAAAAUCACCAACCAGCCAGGCAGAGAGUUUGGAAGCACAAAAGACUAUCCUGAUUCAGUGUUGCAGUUUGCCCGCAACCACCCGUUGAUGUGGCGCCCAGUGUAUCCUGCGCUGCGCCAACCUGUGCUUGUAAAGGCCAACAUUCCUUACAAGCUGAAACAAAUCGUGGUCGACCGGGUCGAGGCAGAGGACGGGCAGUAUGAUGUGAUGUUCAUUGGCACAGAUGUUGGUACAGUGUUGAAGGUCAUUGCUCUGCACAGUGGAAACAGUCUGGAGACAGAGGAGGUCACACUGGAGGAGCUACAAGUCUUUAAAGUUCCCACUCCAAUUACAUCAAUGGACAUAUCUGUAAAAAGGCAAGCCCUGUAUGUGGGGUCUCCAGCAGGUGUGGCACAGGUGAAACUGCAUCGCUGUGAGACUUAUGGGAAAGCCUGUGCUGAGUGCUGCCUGGCUAGAGACCCUUACUGCGCCUGGGAUGGAUCACUGUGCGCACGAUAUGUGCCCAAUAGCAAACGCCGCUACCGCAGACAAGACAUCAGGCAUGGAAACCCUGUGCUGCAGUGUAUGGAUCAGAAUCUAAGUGAAGAGCUUGAUGUGACAGAGGACAAGGUGGUGUAUGCGACUGAGAACAACAGCACCUUCCUGGAGUGUGUUCCUCGCUCUCCGCAAGCUACCGUUACCUGGCUCGUCCAACGUGACGACCGCAAGGAAGAGGUGAAGCUGGACGAUCGUGUAAUGUCUACAGAGCAAGGCCUUCUGUUUCGUCGCCUCUUCCGCCAGGAUGAAGGCGUGUACAUCUGCCACUCCAGAGAGCACGGCUUCACACAGACCCUGGCUCGCCUCACCCUCGAAGUCCUCCAGGGUGAGACUGUGGACGAGCUCAUGGCACGUGACAGCGCCGGCAUCUCUGACUCGUUCAAAGACCGGUCUACAGGAGGAUACAGGGCUUGGAUGCCUUGUAGCGCAUACAGCAGGGGAGGCUCAUCAAGCCAAAUCGGCCAGACACGUACGUGGUUUAAGGAUAUCAUGCAGCUGAUUGGGCCGUCGAACCUGCCGCAUGUGGAGGAGUACUGCGAGAGGAUGUGGUGCAACGACAAGCUGAGGAGGAAACACAAGAGCAUGCUGGAGAAAUACCGGCAAGCUCAGGAGAGUGCCAGGAAGGCUCGCAGCAAGAGCUCUGGUGAACGUAACCGGACGCCGAGGGAUCUCAGCGCAUGGGAGAAAUAAUGGAGAGAAGGCGAGAGGAGGUAAAGAAGAAGAAAAUGAAAGAAGAAAAAGGGAUUAAGACUACAGUAUAGGACAAUAUGAAUUAGUCAAGACAAGCAUCAUCUCCUAAAAGUUUGAACUUUGGGACUUCCUAAAAUGAGGUAGAUCAGAGUUGAACCAAGCAGAAUCAGUGUAUGUGUAGGUGAGGUGCGAGGGGUUGGUUCUGAAUAUGGCCCAAAAUGUGUUUGGUUGUCUGGAAGCACAAAAGGAGACUGCUACUGAACUGAACAGGUUGUUGCUGAGGUAAUGAUGUUUGAUAAAGAGGAUAUGAGAGGCAAUCUUUCAAAUACACUCUAAAGGAUGCUUAUCAAGGACUCCUCCCCCUCUCACACUUUAACCCUUGUAUACUUUCACUGUUAUUGAAACGAGAGACACUGCUUCCAUUUCAUCAAGUCAAAGAAAACCUUCAAAACUUCACAAAUCUGAGAUUUAUUAAAUAUGUGCAUGCUUGUGGACUAACUUUACCGACUGCAUCAUGGAUUCUUUGAUGAACAGUUUGCAUCGGCUCCCGUCAAACUGGAGCUUAAAAAGAGAGGAACGCUACUUUUACAUGCUUUGCAUCUCUGGACUACAAAAUAGUAUGUUAGCCAAAUGUCGCUCUGACAAACACUUAAACACACUUACUUUCCACUUGUUUUUCUCACUACCUUUUUUUUUCACCAAGCUGGGCAAUGUCAUAUUUCACACAAUGCAAUCACUGGAUUCAUCACUUGGUAUUUAAUGGUCUUUUGCCUCGCUCUGCAUUUGACUUUGUUUAAAUUAAAUAUUCAUGUGUGACUUCAGUUUAAGACGAUACUGACCUUGCAGUAUAUUUAUAAGAGGUAUAUGUAGCUCAUACACACAAGCUUAAACACUCACUGUAUCUGAUCAGUGUACAUAGACACACACACACACACACUUUUACAUGAACUGAAAUCUCACUCACAUACCACACUGAAAGUUCAACUAGCUCAAACUGGAAGCUACCGUGAGACGACUGUUGAUGGUUCAACAGAUUAAAGGCACAUUGCUUUGUUUUUACUGCUGUGGGUUGAACGUUCCAUUAAACACCAGUUACAGAUCAAACUCCCCACCGACCCUUAAAGGGAUUUUUCACAGAGGCUUAUUUCCAUGCUUUUGGGUACAUACCGUAACACCUCUGAGAAUGUACCUAAUGGCCGCAGUCAAGCUCUGAUAUUUGCUUCCUUGGGGAUCUCAUGUACCACAAAUUGAGAAAAACUAUAUCCAGGCAUACAAAGAAUGACAUUUUCAAAUAAUUUGUUCAUUCGUUUGUUUUUAUUUACUUAAUUGUUUAGUGUAAAAUAUCAGAAUUUGCCACAGCCCAAAGUGACAUCUUCAAAUAGAUUUUUUAUUUCCAACUGGUCAAAAACAUACAUGUUACAUAACCUGACCUCUCUGCAGUAACUUCACCUCACACUUAAAUCAUCAACUACACUCAUUUUCCCACAGUUCCUUUGUGUGUGCUGUAGCUCUCUAGUGACAAUAAAAGGAACAAUAGAAGGGGUCAGCUGUAACCUUAUAGCAUGUAAUGGAGUCCUCUUGUGCUUUCUGCUUUGUAAACACUGGUUUUAAGACGGUUCAUGGUUUAAACACAUGAUAAUCCACAUUGUUAUUGUCUUCAGUUUUGUUGUUAAAAUAUAACUCUUUGCCACUUAGUGAAAAAAGUAAAGGUUUUCCUUUUAUAGGUAACAGGUGAACAAGAGAACGGAGGGUUGAGUUCAUUAAUAAGAUGAAAUUUGGCUUCAGAUGUAGAAAAAGUGGAGUGGAGGUCAGCAGAGACAGAAAAGCAAGAGUGGAUGCCAAGUUUCACUUUCAGUUUUGAUGGGCUGUGAGUGGAUUGGAGUGAGAUCUUUUGGACCUUCAGUAAUAUAAUAUAACACAUUUUAAAAAUCACAACCUGAAGAGGAAAAAUUAUAUGUAAACUGAUUUUUAUUUUUAUUUUUUACUGAAAUUAGUUUUGAAAGUUGUUUUCAACUGUAUCACUUGUGUAACAAUUAGAAUACAUUAAUAGAUGCUUUGAAGUUGCAUCACUAAUCUACUUACAUCCUCUGGUUCCAACUGUGCAAAUCAUGACUACACAUAGUACACCUAAUAGACAACAGAAAAGAUGUGCCGAUAAUGUCUCUAUAGUUAAAAAUGUUCAGAUUAAACAUUUGAUAUUUAUUUAAUCAUACAUCUUUAAUCUUCAUCCCUGUACAAGUUUGUAUUUGUAAGAAAUCCAAGAUGAUAUUAUCUGCAUUUUUCUGCAAUCACUUUAACAGUCAAGUUGUAAAAAAAACAAAAACAGUUUCUAAUCAUAAACUGUACAAAAGUUAACCCUGCUUUUUGGAUUGUUUUGGACACAGCUAUUCAUACAUAGCCUGUUGUUGCCAAAGAAGUGAAGAUCUCCAGUAUGGUUGCCAGGGGAUGAAAUCCAUGUAAUACUUGUACAUAUGGAAGAUGGUUUAUGUUCAUUGUUUAAAAUUAGCCAGGAAGCAACACUAACACCAGUGAACUUGGUGACCUUUUUGUAACCUUUGUGGCGUGUGAAUGGCUGAAAUGAAUGAAAAGAAGAGGAGUGAAGAAGAGUGAGAGCUUAAAACAAUAAGGUACUAUAAGCAUCUUGUGAAGGUUGUAGUUGCAAUUUGUUGAAAAAAAUCCUAAUCCCUAUUAAAACCCAUUUUCCCACAAUUCAUCAGCAUGAAGUAUUUUAAAAAGGUGACACAUUUUUCCCCAGUUUGCACAGCACACUUAAGCACAGCAAAGUUUAUUUUCUUAGUUUGAGGAUUGUGAGACCGGCCAUUAGACUCCACUUAUGCUGUUUUGUCUAAAAAUAUUGCUCCUGAUGUGUAUCUAAACUGAGAGAAAAUGAUUGAAUGACGAGAGAACAGUAUGCAUGAAACGAAGAGACAGAUCGUCAGAAAGGUAAAACAGAGUUUAAAACUUGAUUUUUCUUGAAAUAAACCUUCCUCAAAAGCUCAUUUUGUCUGUAACAAUUUAAGAUUUUAAUAUUGUCAUAUUUUUGUGGAAACAGCUACACAUCUACUUGGUCUGUUCUCUGGUCUAUGAAGAUGAAAAAAGUGAAUUUGUGUCAUCAGAACAUAAAAGGUGUUUGAGGUUUGACUUUUGUGAUUGAUUGUAAACUUACAGUGUGUAAACUUAUGUAAGAAGUUUCCAUUUUACAUUAGAUGUAUGCCCUGACAAUUUUUUUGUACGAGACAGUGUGUUGAAGCUUACAAAAAUCAGUAUGAUAUCAGUAAUUUGUUUAAUUUAAUAUGUGCAUCACUGAUUAAAUAUUAGUUAUCUGUGCAUGUUCAAAACACACACUGUAAAGCAUCCAAAUACACAUAAGUUGUGCUGUAGUGUUGCUUGUUACAUCUUUUAAUCUAACUCAUAAGCUGUCCACUCUCUAUAGCUAGUUUAAUGCGUUUGACAGUAGUUUUUAAUCUUUUUCUAAAACACAUGUUGAAUUUACAGCCCUUAUCCUGCCUUAAUGUUCAAUUGUGUUGUAUUUUACAGUAUUUAUAUGAGAACAAAGACUCAGACAUUCAUCAAUGUGGUUGAUGUAUUGUGAUAACUUUUGUACAACUAGGGCACUUGAGUCAGACUACACCAGUUGGUUUCACUGAUUAGCUGCUCCUCCACAUCACCACAGCUACUCAAGCAGGAUCAGUCAGUGAGAAACGUAACUGCAGUGAAAGCAUUUUUUAAUGCUCUACCUAGGGCAUCCAUUGACUUGGAAGGUCAGUCCAACAAACACAUCAUGGUCAUCACAUUUGGCACUUUGAGGGCUCAACAAGACUUUCAUUCAAAAAACACUUUUUACUGAACAUACAGGCAACAACACUCAGUGUAGAUUUCAGGCUAUACGGUGUAAGGGUCCUUGAAUUCAAAAAUAUUAACUUGUUGAACUGUCCCUUACUGUGCUGUGGGAUCUCUGACAGAGCCUAAUUUAAAUGUGUAUUUAUGUUUUAUUUAAGUGUCUCUUUACCAUGCAUGCUAUGUACUUGUAUGCUAUUUAACAGCAUUAAAAGUUGAUUUUCUAACUUAAA